AUGCUUCUUUUCUUUGGGGUGAAACCGUACCUCGUUUUCGAUGGAGACAAUCUGCCCAGCAAGGCAGGCACCGAACAGGAUCGCUACAAACGCCGUCAGGAAAGCAAGGCCCUAGGACUGGAGCUACAACGGAAAGGGAGGACCCCAGAAGCUUACCAGGAGUUCCAAAAGGCCGUCGAUGUCACACCCUACAUGGCCCGCCAGUUGAUCGAGGAACUGAAGCAAAUGAAUGUGCAAUAUAUGGUGGCUCCGUAUGAGGCAGAUGCCCAGUUGGUGUACCUGGAGCAACAAGGCGACAUCCAGGGAAUCAUAUCAGAGGACUCUGAUUUGCUUGUCUUUGGAGCAAGGCGGUUGCUUUCGAAAUUGGACCAGCACGGGGAAUGCAUUGAGAUAAACCGCGCUGAUUUUACUGCUUGCCGCGAGGUCAGCUUGGUUGGAUUCAGUGAUCAGGACUUCAGAAACAUGUGCAUUUUGAGCGGUUGUGAUUACUUGGCGAAUAUUCCUAAGCUGGGGCUGAAGACUGCCUACCGGAUGAUUCGCAAACAUCGCAAUGUUGAAAAAGCCCUGCGCAUGCUGCAAUUUGAAGGCAAUCUUCGAGUCCCAGCUGACUACCUUGCCAACUUCAAACAGGCCGAGUUAACCUUCCUCUACCAGCGAGUCUUCUGUCGCAAAGCUGAAAAACUAGUGACAUUGACACCACCUGACAAGGAUGUCAAUUUGGCCGCGCUGCCAUUCAUCGGCUCCGAUAUGGAGCCGGAAAUUGCCGUCGGAGUUUCUUGUGGCGAUCUGGAUCCAACCACUAAGGAACCGAUCAUCCUGAAGCCACUAACCGCAAAUAGAUGGACUCUUGGCAUCAAUCGCCGCCAGACACUGGGCACUUCCUCCGAGCUGAAGCCAAAGAAAUCUAUUCAUUCGUUCUUCACCCCGAAGAGGACACCACUGGCUGAGCUAGACCCUAACAGCCUAACUCCGUCCCCGAGCCAGCAAUUACUCCUGGAGCGCAAUGCAAACAACAGCUGGAGCGUUAAUGCAGCCCCCUUCCGCUCUAGCUCCGCCAGAUCCACGCCUCUCAGGGCCUUUUCUGAGCGAGGCGUUAGCCCUAUGGUUCGGAGCGUGGAACGCUCAUCUUUUCUGGCCCAGACUGCAAGAUCGUCAACCUUGCAGUCCACAAAGAGGCAGAGGCUCUGCUCUGAGGCUGAAGGAGAUUCGCUGCCUGCUUGUUCCCCUGCUCGCAGUCGGUUCUUUGCUCCUACUUCCGAACAAACUAGCCCUAGUGGCCAAAAGCUCUUUCGGUCAAAACGGUCACGGAAAUCAGUGAUUGGUGUCUUCUCUGACGAAUUGGCGGAAGAUAUCAUGUCCAGCAUUCCCGAUCCUAGUACCACUCCUGGGCCUAGUGAGUCUAGACCCGAGAGUAACCUUGAGAUAUCUAGCAAGCCCAGUGAAGUUGAAACUCCUCUCAGCCACAAAGCCCUGAUAGCUAGGGACCUCGAAGUAUCUCAAAAUACUCUUGAGGAUACCACACCCAACUCACCCGGUUUCACUCAGGCUCUUGACUAUCAUGUUGACCGGCAAAACUCGAAUUUACUUUCCAAGUUUACUUUCCAAGCGGGGCAAAAGCCCGAAACAACCGCAGCUAGCUCUAUCAUGACUAAGAUUCCUGCGGUUCAGACUUCUCAUAGACCUUCAGCGCCUUCAACUCCCAGAAGUCCCGCCGCGAGUGGAAGGAGCAACGUUUCUCAACGACGCCUGACGCCGCUCCAGCGGAUAGGACAGUCCGCUUUCAGUCGGUCUCACAGCAUCAACACUCCCACUAAACUCCGGGUUGCCGUAGCUGCUGAAACUCGGAGUAACGAUUCUCCUUCUGUCAUAAAGGGGUCCUCCUUCACGGGAACCCAAGGUAGCGAAGAUCUGAUUGUCCCAGACACUGAAGAUGAAGAGGACGAUGAUGAACCCAACACAGGGCACUCGACCACUCUUGAUGUCAAACGUUUUUCUUUUGCCGCAAACUAG